GUUGCGAUAAUGUGUCACGAUGUCUAUAUAAUAACUAUCUGGCGCCCAUAUGAUGAUCUACAUAGGCUGUGUGAUGAUCACAAUCUACAUAAACUACAAGCAUAUCAGCCCUGUGCAUCAUGUUCGUUUCUAAGAUCUUCUUCGCGGCACUUGCCAUCGUCGGGGUAGCAUCAGCCGCCCCGGCCUCCCUUGCCAAGCGCCUACCGGGCCGCGUUGUGAAAGCCGGUGAACCGGUAGUGAUCGACACCAACUCUGAGUACGUCCGAGUUAGCUUUAUGAACGACGGCAGCCUGCUUGGCGGAUACGCUGCCAGGGAUGGCACUCAAAACGUCUUGCGCGUCGUGAAGUCUACCAACGGCGGCCAGUCGUGGGAGCAUCUCGGCGAAGUGUUCCGAGGCGAAAUCGCAACCCACGACAUCAACAACGCCAUGCCGCUUCAGCUGCCCAACGGCCGCAUCCUGUACGCGUACCGGAACCACGAUCGCACGGGCGACGACUGGCAUUACACGUACUUCCGCAUCUCGAUCUCGUACUCGGACGACGGCGGCAAGACCUUCAAGUAUCUCUCCACUGUCGAAGAGCACGUCCCGUCGGGCGUCAACGGCCUUUGGGAGCCGUUCCUGCGAAUCGCUAGGGAUGGAUCGCUGCAGUGCUAUUACUCUGCUGAGAACAGCGGGGGCGACCAGGACAACUUCAUGAAGUACUCCACAGACGGCGGCGCGACGUGGUCUCACUGGGUUGCCGUCUCGGGCGGCGAUAAGACUUCUCGCGAUGGUAUGGUUGGCGUUGCGCCUAUUGAUAAUAACGGAAAUCUCAUCGCCGUCUUCGAAAACACCGAAAGCGGGGUCUUCUCAGUCAACUACGUGCUCUCGCACGACGACGGACGAUCGUGGGGCUCGCGCGGCCGGCUGUACACGGCGCGCAACGGGAAGCUGGCGGGGGCGCCGCAGGUGUACAACGUGUGGGGCACGCUGGUGGCCAGCUUCAUGACGAACGAGGACGUGGAGGGCACGAGCGGGUACGACGGCGCGCAGAUGAAGGUUAUUACUAGCGUGGACGGCGGCAAGACGUGGUCCGGCAGCGUGGUUACCGGGGAGGCGGCGUCGCAUUGGCCGGGCGUGUUUAAUCGCGAUGCUACGCAUUUCUUGGCGCUGUAUUCGAAGGAUGGGCUCGGGGCUGUUAGUCAGUUGUAUGAGUUGAAGGAUUAGGGCAGUGGUUGUUUGUGGCGAGGUCUGUCGUUGAUGGCGGGUGUUUGCGUCUUAGGUCAGGCUAGCUUCUGAGGAAGCUGAUCUUUGUUUGGUCUUUGGUCGUUUAACCCAAGUUGUAUAUAGUUCCAUUUGUCGUAUAUAUUCUACAGACAUUACGAGUCGUAAAUAUAAAUUUGAUUGUCAAUAUGCUCGAAUCAGUUGCUGUAGGAUAUGAGGCUGAGGUAGGUGCUAUUACCCAAAGCCUCUAAUUGCAUUUUCAUCUUGUUGAUAGGGAAGUAUUCAAGAACGUUGACAGACCUGCAUACAUUAGGUCUCGUAGGUAAAAUUUCCACCACUACCUGUCAGUUCCAAUGGAAAGCUGUAUCCUAUCUCUCGAGGUGUUUGGCAUCACAUCAUUGUAAGGGGCGUCGGCUGCAGCGUUGAGAUUUAUUGUUGAGUGCUUGGCGAUUUGUUCAACUACGAUCGGAUUUGUAUUAUUGGGCCACUUAAUGACCUGCUACGUGACAUCGGCCGCUGGAUGCAUUUAUCCUAGGUGACUCUACUACAAAAUCAGCGAAGUCAUUUAGUUGUAGGUG